GAGGGGAAAAUGAAUUUCACAAAUUGCACCACUGAAGCCAGUGUGGCUGCAAAGCCAAAAACAGUAACGGAAAAGAUGCUCAUUACCCUGACCUUGGCCACAAUCACAACCUUGACUAUGCUGCUGAAUUCUGCUGUAAUUGCAGCAAUCUCCACAACCAAGAAGCUCCACCAGCCGGCAAAUUAUCUCAUAUGUUCACUGGCUGUGACGGAUCUCCUUGUUGCUGUUCUCGUCAUGCCCUUGAGCAUCACUUACAUAAUGAUAGACAAAUGGACUUUGGGGUACUUCAUCUGUGAGAUCUGGCUUAGCGUCGACAUGACCUGUUGCACGUGUUCAAUCCUUCAUCUGUGUGUCAUUGCACUGGACAGGUACUGGGCCAUCACAGACGCUAUCGAAUACGCCAGGAAAAGGACGGCGAAAAGGGCUGGGUUGAUGAUAGUCACCGUGUGGACAAUCUCCGUUUUCAUAUCAAUGCCCCCCUUGUUUUGGAGAAAUCACCACAGCAUCAGUAUUCCCAGUGAGUGUCGCAUUCAGCAUGACCAUGUCAUCUACACUAUUUAUUCCACGUUUGGGGCAUUUUACAUUCCCUUGACUUUGAUCCUGAUCCUGUACUACAGAAUUUACCACGCUGCAAAGAGCCUUUACCAAAAACGGGGUUCAAGCCGCCACCUCAGCAACAGGAGCACCGACAGCCAGAACUCUUUUGCCAGCUGCAAGCUCACACAGACGUUCUGCGUCUCGGACUUCUCCACAUCUGACCCAACCACAGAGUUUGAUAAAAUCAAACCAUCCGUGAGGAUCCCUCCUUUCGAGAACGACUUGGACCUGGCUGGCGACCGGCAGCAGAUCUCCACGACAAGAGAGCGAAAGGCUGCUCGCAUCCUGGGGCUGAUUUUAGGUGCUUUCAUUUUGUCCUGGUUGCCCUUUUUCAUCAAAGAACUGCUUGUGGGCCUCCACAUUUGCACUGUCUCUCCAGAAGUAGCAGACUUCUUGACCUGGCUUGGGUAUGUCAACUCGCUCAUCAACCCUUUGCUGUACACGAGCUUUAAUGAGGAUUUCAAGCUGGCCUUUAGAAAGCUCAUCAGGUGUCGAGAACAUACUUAA